GACAAGCAAUUAGGUCGAACAGUUUCUCAUUCUUUUUUCAAUUGUAUAGUUAAAUCAUAAAAAUUGAAUCGCCUAUGGGGGCCGAUAUUUUUGAGCUGAAAGGCAACACUGCCUUGUAUAAUGUUCUAGACAUUCAACAGAAUGCUACCGAAAAAGAGAUCCGGCGUUCAUACUACAGACUUGCUAUGGUUUACCAUCCCGACAAAAACCCCGACGGUGAGACUAUUUUCAAGGAAAUAUGCUUUGCGUACAAUAUUCUCUCCGAUCCGGAAAAGCGUAUUAUGUACGAUAAUCAAACGCUUAGGAAUAAUUUGCUUGAUCGUGCAAAAAAAGAAUAUAAUCCUGAAAUGGACCCUAAUGUUGAAUUGAGUCCGGAGGAUUUACGGAAAUUUGUUGAAAGGCUUCGAAUGGAGCAGGUGCUGAAGGAAAAAAAUCUAAACGAGUUUGAGAACCGCCGUGCAACGGAGAUGCUGCGCCGUUCUAAAUACGUUCCCAAGCAUUCGGGCUAUGAGUCAUAUUACGAGGCAUCUUUGAAAUUUGGCGAAUUAUCAGACACCGGCCGCGAUAGGGGCGAUGCCAAGGGAAAUCAAGAGAUAGUUUCGAAUAUAGCACGACCAUUCCGUACAACAGCAGAGUUAUUGUCGGGGAUGCAGCAGGAAGAAGAGCAGCGUUUCCAUAGUUUUAGUGCGAGGGCUCCUUCAAGCCCAAGCCCAACACCACAGACAGCUAUAUGUGCAGCAAAGAAACAAAUGAUCAACGAAUAUCGCAUUUCACAUGACUGUGCAGAAUACCCUUCUGCUCGUAUUGUUACCUCUGUUAAGAAGGCGACAUCAACAAGUCCAGGCUUUGUAAAUGAGCAGGAAUCACAACUCUACUACAGCGAAACUAUUGAUCAAACGCUAAAGACCUUCUCUGACUUUGACUAUCGAGGCUUUGUAGAAAGAGGAAUGCAGAAUCGAUCGGCAAUCGAAGGAGCUAUUCUGGCUGAUGCCUUACAACAGUAUGACAGAUACCAUUAGUUGAUGUGGAAGCUGUUAUCUAUAAGAGUCGGUAUACAGUCAAGAAAAAUUAAUGUAAAUUAUUAUUCGUUAUAUAUAUAUAUAUAUAUUUGUUUGAUUGUGACUGCAAAAUUUUUCUGUCUGCAGAUUUAUUAAAAGGAACCUUAAA